AAGUAAAAUAUUGACGUAGGCAGAGGCACACAUGGGCGCGCAUGACGAACACACACACACAUAGAGACUGACUGUGAGCACACCUUUGUUCUGGAUCUCCACAGAGUGUGAUGUCAGAGGUCAGGAAGGAUAGUGAAUGGGAGGUGUGUGUGAGCGUGUGUUGGAGCACAGGAAUGGGGCCAUUCCUCUCCAGUAUAAAUACGGGGUCCUGGUGGGGACAGUGGUAGAAAAGUGAGGCAUACACCUUCAGGGUUGUUUGAAAAGGCACAAGAGGAGUCAAACUUAUCAUAAAAGGAAGUAACACGGCAGAGAAGAAAAGGAGGUGAUAUUCACAACAUAGACUGGAAAAUGGCUGACCAAAACGGUGUAUUCAUGGGAAUGGACCUGCGUUGCCAGGUGAACAACCAAGCCCAUCGUACAGGGGAAAUGGACCUGGAAAGGCUGCUGGUUCGUAGGGGGCAGCCCUUCUCCCUCGCUCUGCAGUGCUCCACACCCCUGCCCCCUAAACACAAACUAGCCAUGAUCCUGCAUCUGGGUAAGGAGAGUGAGGUGGUGGUGAAGGUUUUGGAUGCCCGUGCUGGCCGUGACAAGUGGUGGUUCCGCCAGCAGAGGGCUCAGAAUGAGGUGCUGCUGACGGUCCACAGCCCAGCAGACACCCCUGUGGGAAUCUACAGCGUGACAUUGCUGCUCCUCUCCCCUGACGGACACAUCCUGGAGCAGACCACACCAGAGAUGUUCUACCUGCUCUUCAAUCCCUGGUGCAAAGCUGACUCUGUGUACCUCCCUGAUGAGGAGCUGCUAGAGGAAUACAUCCUGAAUGAAAAUGGCCUCCUUUACCAGGGCUCUUGGGACCAGAUCUCCUCACUGCCCUGGAACUUUGGACAGUUUGAACAAGAUGUGGUGGAUAUCUGUUUUGAAAUCCUGAACAAUUCACCUGCUGCACUGAAAAACCCAGAGAUUGACACAGCCAACCGAGCAGAUCCAGUGUACGUGAGCAGGACAAUUACUGCAAUGGUGAAUGCUAAUGAUGACCGUGGCGUGGUGUUGGGUCGCUGGGACGGGAAGUAUGACGAUGGGGUGUCCCCCACACGCUGGACCGGCAGUGUGGCCAUCCUCAGGCGAUGGCGCGAGGCCGGGGCACAGAGGGUGCGAUACGGACAGUGCUGGGUGUUCUCAGGUGUAGCCUGCACAGUUCUUCGCUGUCUGGGCAUACCUACUCGCCCUGUUACAAACUACUCCUCUGCCCAUGACACUGACGGCAACCUGAAUGUGGACUAUCUGUACGAUGAGCAGCUGGAGAGUGUGUCUGAAGGCAGGAAGGACAUGAUCUGGAACUUCCAUUGCUGGGUGGAGUCCUGGAUGGACAGGGAGGAUCUUCCUAAAGGCUAUGAUGGGUGGCAGGCCCUGGAUCCCACCCCACAGGAGAGGAGUGAUGGGGUGUACUGUUGUGGGCCCUGUCCAGUCAAGGCGGUGAGGGACGGUGAUGUGGGGAUGAAGUAUGAUGCAGCCUUCGUGUUCUCUGAGGUGAACGCAGACCUGGUCACCUGGAUCGUCUACCCAGAUGGCCAACGCUCACAGGUUUCCCUCAACCAGAAAACUGUGGGCCGAAACAUCAGCACCAAGAGUGUGUAUGGAGACUACAGAGAGGACAUCACUAAACAUUACAAAUACCCUGAAGGUUCAGUGAAGGAGCGUGAGGUGUAUGAGAAGGCAGGACGUCGGAUAACGCAGCUGAAUGGGGCACCAGGGCAGCUGGAGCUGAAGAUCAAACAUGCCCAGGCCAUCCUGGGGACAGACUUUGAUGUGAUAGUGGAGGUGCACAACGUGGGUGGUGAGGACACCCCGGCCCAGCUCACUGUGACCUCCAAUGCAGUCACCUACAACAGCCUUCACCGGGGGGAGUGCCAGAGGAGGACUGCCAGCCUGACCGUGCCAGCCCAGAAAGCUCAUAAGGAAGUGAUGCGUCUACGGUACGAUCACUAUGGGGCCUGUGUGUCUGAGCAUAACCUGAUCAGGGUCACAGCACUGCUCCAGGCCAGCAGCCAGCCCGAUGUCAUUCUGCAAGAGGUCAACAUCCCACUAAGCAUGCCACAGCUCCAUGUCAAGGUAGUGGGAGAUGCAGUUGUAUCUCGGAAAUUAAUUGCACACAUCAGCUUCACCAAUCCCCUGCCUAUCACCCUGAGAGGGGGAGUGUUCACAGUGGAGGGAGCAGGUCUGACGGCACCACGGGAGCUCCAAGCACCAGGCAACAUUGGCCCAGGUGAAGAUGUGAAGGUUAAGUUGUCCUUCAAGCCCACCCGUGCUGGCCUGAGAAAACUGAUGGUUGACUUUGAUGCAGACAGACUGAGGGAUGUUAAGGGGAUUGCCACUUUGAUUGUGCGAGACAGAUUAACUGUGAAUUAAGAACGUAUAUAUUUCAUAGGUAUAUUUUGUAAACAUAUCCCUGUGAAUGCAAUAUAAAAGUGAGGUGCAAAAUAACAGGAUGGUUUUUCAUAUUAUUCUCUUUUUUUUUUUACCUUGUCCAAAGUAGUUAAGAUUAGCAAAGAAAGAUGGGCCUCUAAAUCCCAAACUAUUGUUAGAGUCCGAAGACUAUUUGUGAGAAAAAAGUAAAAAAAGUUACAGUAUUUACAGGAUAUAGCACACUAUUUAGAAGCACAUAUUGCCUAGGACCAAGGAGCAUGGAGGCAGCCUUUAGUUAUUAUGCCCCCAGCCUCUGGAAUAGCCUGCCAGAGAACCUGAGGGGGCCAAAACUGUGGACAUAUAUUUUAAAGAGAUCAUAAAACAUAUUUUUUGCUUUGCCUUAGGGUGCUUUUUAGUUUGUCAUUCCUUUGUUUGUUUUUUUAAACUUGUUUGUUGUGUAGUAAAUAUUUCAGUGUUUAUUUUAUCCUGUAAAGCACAUUGCGUUGCAUUCAAUGUCUGGAAUGUGCCAUAUAGAUAAGGCUUGAUUUGAUGAUAUUGUACACCACUGUGGCUUAGAUAUGCAUUCUGUUCUUAAUAAUUUCAUACUUGUGAAACACGUCUUACCUUAAUAAAUGAUUUAUUUUUUAAAUCUAUGCAUGGAGUCUGACAUGUCAAAACAGUAAAAAUUGACAAAUGUUAUGACUGACUUUUUUCAAAACAUAUUUUUCAUCUAACCUAGGCAGUCGAUAGUGCAGUUCUAGCACACUAUCAUGGCUUGAUGUGCAUUCCCAGUAAUACACUCGUGUCCCCCAUGGACCUGCUCAUACCUAAAGCAUCCUCCAGGCUGCAAAGGCAUCAUUUUCCUCCUUAACUAGCUUUAAUGGUGAGAAGUGGAUCAAAAAAAAGGGGGAAAUAUAUGCGUUCUUUCUUUAUGAAACAUCGUAAUUUGUCCAAUAAUCAGAAAAUGGUUGUGAUAAAAGGCCUUGUCGCCAUUAAAGCUAGUUGAGAAAAAUUAUGCCUUCACAGCCUGAAUGGAGGAUGCUUUAUGUACGAGACAGUCCACAGGGGACACAGGUGUAUUACCAGGAAUGCACAUCAAGCCUAGACGAUCAGCUGCCUGAACUAGAGAUCAUCAUGCAACACAUUUCAGUCCCUCAGCUCUCUGAUGGUGGUGCUUUUCUUCGUACUGCCUUGGACAGUGCUUGCUGAAUGACAGGGUAGAGUUUGAAACACCCCUCAAUGCAUGUGCGCACAUCCCCAGUCAGGGUGUCCUCGCCCAUCUCGCCAUCCGAUUGUAGUCCAGAAAUCUGGUUCAGACUGGGCAGAAAUGCCACUGUCAGGCUUCCCAAAUUCUCCCUGGAUCCUGAGGCCAAGUUGUAUCCAUUUUCCUCCAGAAAGGUAGGGUCGAUAAGGUAUGUGGCACCUUCCUGACGGAUUGAGCAUCCAAGAACCAGAUCGUACAUCUCUAUACCUGCGUCCGCCAGCGCCAUUGACGCACAGGUGACUGCAUGUGCCAGGACGGCGCCGUCGUUUUCAAGGACCAUUACAUUUACUUCAAUCUGAGAGCGAGGAUACUUCUGCAAGCACACUCCUGGCCUCAGGCUCUCCAACAGCAUCAGUGACAGAUCCUUUUCAUCACUACCUUGAAUCCACGAGCCUCUCUCUCGACAAGAGAAUGGGGCAAAUCUCAUGUCAGUAAUAAGUCUUCCGGAUUUCAUAUCGGUCUCAUCCUUGCGCUCAGUCUCUCUGGGUCCAUACACACAGCAGAUGAGCUUCGUGUUCCCAGCUUCAAUGUACGCUGAACCUUUGGCUUGACUUAUCAGCCCACAUCGGACAAAAACUGAACGGACAUCCACUUGACCACGCUGCCUGCCAUCUACCCUGGCGUCGUUGGAAGCGGUGGACUUCUUUACCGCGUUUUUACACAGAAAGAGAGAUGGACUUUGAGACACUUCUGGGCCACGUACCCUUUUUGUAUCAGUCGGCAUGGUCGGGGAAUAGU